AUGCUGUGCAAAGUAUUUUAUAGGAAUUUGAAGAAGGCGGUGGUUGCUGAAACAUUGCAAAGCUUGAUAUCUAGAGGUAGGUGUAUAAAAUAUGCAUAAAUAACAUGAAUAUUUCAUAAUAAAAAUUUGCACUUGUGUCAUGACGUGACCUUUGGCUUUAAUAAUAAAUAGCAUCAUUGUAAAGCAAGAAUUUGUCGUAUGAUCGCCUUGAUUUUUUAUUAAAUAUUUAUUGUCUGUUAUUUAAAAGAGGCAAUCAAGUCCGUUCUGUGCAUACGUUCUGGGCAUGUAUGGAAAAUGGACGGGACCCGACCAUUGGAAUGUUUAUUUAAAACUUGUCUUGGGUUCGAUAUUUCGCAUAUUUUCCAACUUUUUUGAACUGAAACUCUAUAGUUUUAUAAUAUUCAGUUACAAGCAUGGCGAGCCAAAAAAUAUUAGGAAAUCAGUUAGACAUAUUUUUAACAGAAAUAUAGAAGUUCAAAAUGUAAACAAAGCGUUUGUUUUAUUAAUACAGACUUGACCGCCCUUUAAAUUAUGUAUAUAUACAUAUUUCUUCCCAGGGAAAGUGAAACUAGGAAUAAAGCAGGAAAAUGUGACUGUGUUUUUGGAGGAUGGGACAGAAAUUGACGAUGAUGAAACAUUUAUUUCUUUGCCAAGUAGUACAAUUUUCACUUUUGUACCUGAAGGGAACAUUGGAAGCCUGAGGCUGAGACACAUUCAAGUGCUCCAUCUUUGAAUGCACACAGUGGAAGAAAUGAGAUGCAGCAAAAAGUAUCCAAAGGUAUUUUUGUAAACUUUUAGAAAUUUCUUGUUAAUUAUUUAGACCUAUUUAUAAAUACUUUUUCUUUCUUGUUAUAGCCGACGUGUUUACAACAUCACAACGUACAAUUACCACAGGUAGUGGAAGUCUGGCAUUGGGACCCUGUGUUGAGGUAAGUUAAUAGGUUUUGACUAAAGUUAUUUACCUAUUAAAAUUUUCCUCUGUAGAAAAUAGACAAAUAGAUAUUAAGUGUGAUAAUCAAUAUCGAUUUCUUGCGACAUUUUGUGUUAAUUUUGUAAAGUAGUAUUUUCAGAAUAAACUUUAAGGUAAUGUUAUUCCAAAUCAUGCAGUAGAACGUUGCAAGUGUAUAUGAUGCCUUUUUCAGCAUGAUUUUCUCUGUGUGUUCAUUCUAUGGGACUUGCCUAGAUUUUUUCUUGCCUUUGGACUGUUUAAAUAACGAGCUGAAAAAGUGCAGGAAAAUGUGAUGCAUAACAGAUGAAUGACGCAAGAAGUAAUUGUUUUAAUAUAAACCAACACCGUAAUUUCUGUAUUAAGUCCCCCAGGGACAUAUAUUUUUCCAAGCAUCAUCGGGGGGGGGGGGGUUGAUAGAGGGGGCUUAAUAAAAUGGGGUCAUUUUAAAUAUUUUUAAUAAGUCUGGUUAUUCAUUUUAAAUGUCUGUAUUCAGAGUUAACAUUGUACUAUAUUUUAUUCAGAUGCUGCAGAAAUACAAUAUAAUUUAUGAUUUAAAGAAUUAAUUGCAUGGGGGGGGCUGGAAAGGGGUUAAAAGAGAGGGGGGAUUUUUUGCUUCCAAAAAUGAAAGACGUAUUAGAUAGGGGGGAUUAAAAGGGGGGCUAAAUACAGAAACUGCGGUACCACCAAUACUUUCAUUGAAAGGUGUUAAAUUGCAUGUAUCUGCAUGGUAUUGAAUCAAUGUUCAGUGUAUCAUAGACUUUUUAGUAUCUCCGUUGUAAGGGGCUUUUACCAGUGACGUAAUAACACUAGUCCUAAAUGUUUAUAGCCGGAAAGUGACCGUUGGAAAACACUUAAAUUCCAUAAAGUUCAAAUUUUAUAUAAGAUAUAUUCUUGAAACUUUUUGGAGAUUGUUAAGACCAAUUGUAUUUAUAUUAUAGUUCAACCAGGUUUCAGAGUGGUGUUGUAAGAUAAUUAACAAAGCGUCACAAAUUAUAUAUCAAAAUGUUCCAAAUCGCACGAUAAACACGAAUAUAACAGUUACAUGUACAAACGAUGAACAACGGAUGAGGAAACAACAGGCAAAGAAGAGUAAAUUAAUAAUUAAUUAUCCCAAAACAAUCAGUCGAUUUUGCGCCAAAAUAUCUAAUUAGAUUCAAAACCCUUCAAGCGAGACAAGUCCGUCUCUUCCGUCCUUCCUUUCCUUGAGCGUAUCAUUGCCCAUCACUACAAAUAGAGAUUUUACUUAAUUAACAAUAGUAAUUAAUUUAAAACUUUUAGAUUCCUGUAAGUAAACCUAUCAUUAAGGUAAAAGUACAAGUAGACCCCGAAAAACUAAGGAACGAUAGCAAAAUUUACCAAAAUCUUGAAUCGGGUUCAUUUUUGUACAAGUACCGUUAUGCAUUGAAUGAAGCAGCUUAUCAGCUGGCCCUGGAUGACCCAUCUCUGGUGUACAGAAAAGGAGAAUUACAAGAAAAGGCCAAAAUGAAAGUGGACACCGAAGGUUAUGGAUACAAGCGCAUAAAGUCAAGAGGUCAAAUACUUGAUAUCGAUGAGCCCGGCCAGUGAAGCUUACCCCAUCGCUGCGUUCUAAAAGAAUAAAUGAAAUUUCAGAAGAUCUGAAGGAAGUAGAAUUGGAAAUGACCUUGCUGGAAAGGUCAAGGUCAAAAGCACGAAAUGUGAACAAUGAUGACCGGGCAAGACAUUUAACCCUGGAGAUAACUCCACUUAGAAAACGGAAACGAAGCCUCGAAGAAGAGCUCACUCUCUUGCAAAAGAAAGAGGCCAAGUCAAUUCAACAAAAGAAGAAAAAAACCAACCAAAAUCCGAUUAAACCAAGCAGUACCCCGCUUUGCUCUUCACAACGCACAAUUGAAGUCAUUUUGAAGAAGAGUAAUAACAUACAAGUCUCCCAGAAAAACGAAUGCGCCGUUGUGGUAGUUUCCGAUGAAACAGAAACUGUGACUGGCGGAGAUGUCAGAACCGGAAAUGAAAAGUCAAACACAACGACAUCUAAAAACGGAAAAGCUGAAUCCAUUGAAAGUCAUCACGACGAAUCUAGUCAGAGCCUGCAUGACGAAUCUAUCAUGGGCGAACACGACGAAACCACCAAGAACCAGCAAAAACCCAAUGCUUAUCAAGACGUUUCGGAAAAUACUCAGCAUGAUGAAUCCUGCAACAGGGAAACUGAUUUAUCCCUUUCGGAUGCGUCCAGUGGUGUUCAGCUUAAUGACGCUGUGAUGAAGAAUCGGCAUGAUCCAUCUACCGAUAACCAGGCCGUUUCGCCACAGCCUUGCCAACAAACAAAUACUUUUUUAUAG